AUGAGUUCCAGGAGAUGUCGUUCAACAGGAGACUUAAGAUCUUCUAAUGUCGAUGGCUUCUUGGCUCCUCUCUUUCCUUUCUAUCACGAUAUCUCAGGCUUCCCCGACUGGCAUCAAACUCCGGAAAAGGCCCCUUCGAGUGCUUCACAUUCGCCUUCUCCUCGCUCUGCUCUAGACUCCAACGACGGGCGACUCCCCUGCCCAUCACCGAAAACUAACAAGGAUCCAGGUGUUUUAUGCGAUGAACAGGAUGCUUGCAAACCCUCGUCGAAGAAGAUCGGGGUCUUCAUCCCUAGUCCAGACCAAGCUUCCCCCAGAAAGGAUCCCUCAUACUUUGAUAGGAGAUGCAAGGAUGGAAGCCCUGUCCUAGAGAGUCGUAGCCUCGUGAACUCCCCAGACCGUUUUGUUCCAUCAAGAGAACUGCACUUCCCGCCAGAAACGCAGUUUCGCGUGAGCAAGAAUCAUGACUUACUCACACCCCACGAAAAGGCCCACCGGCGGCGAGAUCCAAACGCAGACCCGUUUUUCAUCCCAACAGCUUCCAGGAUUGUGAACAAUCCGAGGCGAUUUAAUCCAAUAGAUAUCGGGCUUAUUCCCCAUUAUCGACCACGCCAUGUUCAUGAGAUGGGAUUUACUGACUUGCCCGCGGCUAUCGACAAUGGUUCGGCAGAGCAGCCACGACAGGUUAGUGUAGGUGCUGUAUGGCAUGUUGGCGGCACUUCGCCGGCACUAAGUGACCCCGCAACUGAAGCCCCUGACGAUAUCGGCUACCACCGUGGGUCAGGGACAGUGGCACCUAGGUACUCCGCGAAGUUCGAUCGAAAGGAAACCGAUGCGGAGCAGCAUCGUAUUCACGAAGCCCGCAUUGCAUUAGCUCUAGACCUUGACCCUGCUUCCAGAAUCCUUGGGUUCACUAUUCCAGGAACCCCACCAGAUACCCCAUCCAGCCUCUCAUCCCCAGGUCGUGUUCGACCUCCACUUACUUGGAAGGACAGUGUAUGGACGAAAGAUUUUGGCUGUACCCCAACGUCGCCCAAAAAUAUGGCGAAAGGGAAUGAGCGACUCGUUUCUACCGUUCCAUUCCGAGUGUUGGAUGCUCCGUUUUUGCGUGAUGAUUUUUACUCCACGACCCUGGCUUACUGUCACAAAAUUAAAGUUCUUGCCGUUGGCCUUUCGUCACGGGUUUAUCUUUGGUCUGAGCAGGGCGGUGUCAGAAAUCCACCGUUGCAACAAGUCUCUAGGGACAAUGUUGUGACCUCUCUUUCCUUUUCCUCGGAAAAGGGGGGGUGGAGUAUUCUUGCCGUAGGGCGGCGUCACGGGGAGCUUUCUCUAUGGAGUACCUUCGAUGCAGAGGUCCGAUUCGAGGCACAUUUUCCAGCUGGCGUGGCCUGCGUUUCUUUUAAAGAUACUCCAAGCAUCGGCCCAUCUGAAUGGUCUUCACGAAUAUCAGCAAGCAUUGAACAUUUAGCUGUGGGAGACGAUGCAGGUAACGUUUGGUAUUAUACUUUGGAGUGGACUACACCUAGGUUAAGGAAGCGGCGUAAUUGGAACGGAAGUAUGACACUUAUUGCUAGGAUAGCCUCACAUACACAGCAAAUAUGCGGACUCUCUUGGUCCCCGGAUGGGAAGUACUUCGCAACCGGGGGCAAUGAUAACGUUUGCCUUUUAUUUGAGACGGCAAGCAUUCUUGCUGGCAAUACACAAUCUGAGCAGUCAUGUUCAAACACGUCCAUGGCGAUCCGUACGCGUCCUCCGAAGCAACGACACAUGCAUCAAGUUUUGCCUCUGCAUCACCAGAAUUAUAGUACUGUGUCCUUGUUGUCUGACCCUACCUCUCGGGAUGCAGAGAGCGUCGGCUCUGAGGACCCCUUAUCUGAGUUAUCCCAGGCCGAGACAGUCAUACAUCCACGCCGGGAAAAGCAUAUAUUGAGGCAUUAUGCUGCGGUCAAGGCCAUCUCUUUCGCGCCUUGGGAGCCAACACUGCUUGCUACCGGCGGCGGAGCUGACGAUCAAUGCAUACGCUUUUGGCACGCCCCUACAGGCGCAUUGCUUGCUUCACUCAAUGUGUACGCACAGGUUACUAGCUUAAUCUGGAGUAGGACACGACGCGAAAUAGCAGCAACUUUCGGAUACGCCAAACCUCCUCAUCCUUACCGGAUUGCCGUCUUUGCCUGGCCAAGCUGCGAGCAGGUUCUCGCUAUACCAUGGGCAGACAUUGAUGACAUGGAAGGAUAUGAUGACAACACCCCUGGACGUGCGCUUUGGGCGAUUAGCUAUCCUGGGGGACCCAAUCAAAUGCCGGUUUAUGCAUCCGGCAGGUCGCAAGUUACUAGUGAAGCUUCUGACGACGGAACACCUAGUCGUUUACCUUCGCAUAUAAGGAGACAAUCACCGCACAGGGGCGGAAGGGAUCCAUCAUCCAGUUCACAGAUAGCUAAUGUAAGGUAUACCGAGGGCCGCAUUUGGUCCACUAGAACUGAACGAGAAGGCUGUAUCGUCAUCGCAUGUAGCGAUGAAAGUAUCAGGUUCCAAGAAGUUUGGGGAGGUGAGCCUAGGGGCCUUGGAGGAAGUAGUGGCGUAUUGGGAGGAAGCCAGAUACUCGAGAGUUUGCAUGGACUUGAUACGUCUGUGGACUCGAAGGAGAUCAUUCGAUGA